UCCUUCAAGGUUGUUGGGAUCUUGGGUGUGAAAAUAACAAAAAGGAAUGUGAAAUCAAUGGAUUUUCAAAGUGAAAUAACGGAUCCUGGGCAUAAUUUAUGAGUUAGGAGUGCAUUUUAACGUUUGGGGCGACGACCACUAGUAAUUAACUGCGCCCUUUCGAUCCAACAAAGGGGAUAAAAGAGCCGCAAAUCCCUCCACCCGGUCCCAAUUUUAACCACUGUUUGGAAAAAGUAAUCCCAUAGAGAACUUCUUUUGACAAACUGGUUUGCAGGCUGCUGUGCACAUAUUUAAUGCAUUUUUUGGAAAUAUGGGGAGCCUAAAAACAGAGUAGAAGCAUGUUUGAUCCCUAGCAGUUGGUAGCUUGGUUAUGAUUUGAUGUCAUGUUGGAGACUCGAUCUAUGCAAGGCAACCCUUGGCAAUUUAGUAGUAGUUACAUGAACAGGCCUACUGAACAAAUGGCUGCGCCAGGUUAUCGUUACGGCAAAACCACACAAGAUGACGUGUGUUACGUCGUCGCCAAAUACGAUUACGAACAUCAAGGACCCCAAGAGUUAGAUCUACGAAAAAACGAACGUUACGUGCUGCUCGACGACUCCAAACACUGGUGGAAAGUACAGAACGCGAGGAACCAGGCUGGUUACGUGCCGAGCAACUAUGUAAAGAAGGAGAAACCUUCGUUGUUCGAUAGUAUAAAGAAAAAGGUUAAAAAAGGUUCUGGCUCAAAGACUUUACCUUCAAGCAACUCACCCUCGAGAGCGGUAGAGUCUCCUAGUAUGGCUCGACGAGCCGCUCCUGAUCCCUCUGAGGCCAUUGGGGUGGCAGUAGUGAAAUAUAAUUAUCAAGCACAACAACCAGACGAGCUGUCUUUAGUAAAGGGAUCUAGGAUUUUAAUUCUUGAAAAGAGUAAUGAUGGUUGGUGGAGGGGUCAAAGUAGUAAUAUUACCGGAUGGUUUCCGUCAAAUUACACCCAAGAAGAAAACGAUUUGGACGAUACCAUGCACACAUACGCCAUGGCGGAGAACGUGUUAGAUAUCGUAGUGGCUCUGUAUUCGUUUUCUUCGUCAAACGACCAAGAGUUGUCCUUUGAAAAGGGGGACCGUUUGGAAAUAUUGGAUAGACCUCCCAGUGAUCCAGAAUGGUAUAAAGCGAGAAAUGCACAAGGACAAAUAGGUCUAGUUCCAAGAAACUACUUACAAGAACUUUCAGAUUACAUGGACAGAGCAUAUCAAGAAAACGAGAAGCAAGAGAGGCUUGAUUCUUCUAUGGUAGGAUCACAAUUAUCAGUAAUGGAUAAACCACACAUAAUGGAUAGGCCGUGGUACUAUGGCACUAUUACAAGAAACGUUUGCGAUAAUUUAUUAAAUCAAUUCGGUCAUGAUGGAGAUUUUCUUAUUAGGGACAGUGAAACAAAUGUAGGAGAUUAUUCAGUAUCAUUAAAAGCCCCCGGUCGAAACAAACAUUUCCGAGUGCACGUAGAGGGGGCGCUGUACUGCAUCGGACAACGAAAAUUCCACACUUUAGAUCAACUAGUAGACCACUACCAGAGGGCGCCGAUAUACACCAAUAAACAGGGCGAGAAAUUAUACCUCGUCCGGCCCCUUCCUAAGACAAAAUGAAGUUAGUUACUACAAUAUACUUGUGUGAGAGUGUGCGUGUUCUUUCUAUAAUCACAUCACCCGCCCCCACGGUGACUAGGAUAUUUAAGUAAUAAUUUAAAGAAUGCCAAAGAUUGUAAAAAAAAAUAUGUUCAACUACCGCUUGUAAUGUAUUUAUACCAUACACUACCGGUAUCUAAAAUUCGGUUUGUUCACGGUGAAGUGUCUUGAAAUACUGUUUGCUCUGUCAGGGUGUUUUUCUCGUCAGGUGUGUUUUAUCAUAUUAAAAUACAUAAAAGGCAGCCAAGAAAGGGAUAUAUUUUGGUUUGUUAUAAAGGCAAUCGAUCUAGAUUUUUUUUGGAACGGAUGUUGGCAUUUAAUUUAAAUAUUAUUAAAUUUAUAAUUGAAAAAGGUGUUGGAAUACCUCAAAAUUGAUUGUACGUUUUGCGACUCGAUUUUAAGUUACUAAAGGAAUUGUUGGACCAGGCUAUAAACGAAGCAAAAACAUCUUUACUCAGCUGUCAACAUUUCGGCCUAUACAAAAUCAUCCUCAGGACACCAAAUGGCGGCUUUUAUUGUUAAAUUAGAAAAUCUUGUCGAUUAAAAGAACUCAAAAUGAUCAUUAUGCUCUUUUUUAAGUCCCUAAAUGUGCACUGUAUAAAUAUUGUUCCCAUUUUUAAAUUAGUUCUAAAUAAUGUAUACAAAAUUUUUUACAAUUUCACUUUUUACUCGACUAUCAUUUAACAAUAAAAGCCGACAUGUGGUGUACGAUGCAGUGAGGAUGCUCUUAUAAUGGUCGACACCUGAGUUUUUCUUACAAAGGACUUUUAAAUCUCUAAAAUAAAUGAAUUAAUUUUUUUGGAAUCCUAACCCUCAUGGAGCGAUUAUGUAAUUUUGGUAAAAAAUACGGUCUCUCUUGGGCCUUGGGUCUUAUUUUGAAAAUUAUGUGGCCAUUAAACACGUUUAUGAAAAGCACUUUGUAUAGAAUUGGUUAAAGUCCUAAAGACCGAUGAUAAUUAAUUUAUAAACGAAUUUUUAUUCGAUUGUGAUCGAUUUAUUUGGACGAACAUCUUUUUGUAAAAGUUGGAAGGUACUUCAUCAUUAUUGUAGUAUAAACUAAAACCUAAAGUGACACAGUAUGUGAAUAAUACCUUAUAAGGUUUUACAAGUUUCGCCCAAUUAGGGCAAAACAUGAUAAACAAAACACAUCACACACAAAUGUAAAUUAUAUCUAAAUUUUUUUAAGUUGGUCUGAUGAUGCUCUAGUUGGGUAAAACAUGUAACUGUACAUUUUUCGUUGUAGUCUAUAAUGCAAUAAUUGCAUUCAUCAUCGUUUCGACUGUUAGUUUUGCAAUGGUUCGAAAUGAUGUUUUCAUAAAGGGAAAAUUAAUGAAAAAAUACAUAAUUUAUGGUCAAACCUUUUAGUUAUAGUGUGCCUAUCAUUUAAAACCUGUUUUUGUUAAAUUGACGACCAAAAUCAACUUCGCAAAAACCAUCCAAAUAUAAAUUCAAAACUAGAGUUAUUAAGGAUUACAUGAAAAAAAAUUCUCUCAAAAGUGACAUAAUUUUAACCAUUUUUCUACAAACUCUUUAUACUUUCUUUAUAGUCUAAAAGCUAGCGACACAAACGCAGGAUAAGUAUCACAACCAGAUCGGACGGGUAUUUCCUUAUGACAUCGUUGAUAUUCAUUUAAUUAUACAAUAAUUUUAGAAGUGCAAAUAUUUAUUAAACUUAUUUUAAUUCAGUAAGGAAGGACGACAAUUCUACGCAGUUUUAUGUAGUUAUAGUUCAAAUAACUUGCACUAGUUGCCACUGAUCGUAAAAGACGGAAAAAAUAAAAUGUAAUUUACCAGAGGACGAUCUCCUUUCUUAUCUAUUAAUCGAUCAAUCCUUUUUAGACCGAGAUCUUUUUUAUUUUUUUGAAAAAUCCAACCAAAAAGGCCUUUGCACCCGUCAGACAUAUCUUCCUUUAAUACACCAGCUACGUUCCCAUGAUUUUUUAAAUUGAAAUCCAUCGUGACUAAGUUUCUUCCAAAUGUAUCUGUAUAAUUAAUUGAUUAUCAACAUGUCAUCAGGAAAUAAUUAUCUUUUAUCAACAUCCCCUCGAUGACUUUUGUGUAAACCCACCUGAACAUAUAACAUUGUUGAUCAAAAAUAUAAAAUCAGAACAAAACUUUGUACAUUUACUUAUAAGUUCCCAAGUAUCGUUUCAUUCUGUUGAUUUCACAAACGUUCUAAACGAAGAUUUUGUACGGAAGGGAAAUGUCUGUUUUAAGUGGUGUGGAAAGCGAUUCUAGUUCUAGUGAUAUUAGUUUGAGGCAAAAGAGUGAUUUUUUAAUAAUAACGUAUCUAUUCUGCCAAGGAAUUUCUGUAACUUCCAUAAUAGUUGGUAUUAUUUGAUAUUGGUAGUGUAACCCAUAUUUUAAGAGUAAAUUAAUAUUACCGCUUCAAUAAUACUGCUUAGCUCGAUCCCAAAUUUUUAGACUUCAAUAUACUUCUCAAUAUUAUUUAAUUUAAGGUUCUUAUGUAAAUCGCCGUAUGUGCUAAACCUUUGAAAAUAUUUGUAAGAGACUAUCCUUUAAUUGGGUUAAACAUAGUGUAGUAAGGUCCUUAUCAUAUUUAUACAGUGGGCAAAUCUUAACUGGACUAAAUUCUGCAGUCAUAACUAGUUUUUUUGUUGCUUUAAAAUAAAAAUUGUACGUUUAGUACAGAAUUUAACCAGUUAACGCUUUAUACACUGUUUGGUAUGGAAAACAAACUUUUGUGGUUUGUCCAUACUAAAGUCUUGAGCAAAAAUUCCCGAUCAGUGGCAUGUAUAAUCCUUGGUGAAACUUCUGUAUGUAUAUAUUUUAUUUAUUUUUAUUUACACGUAUAUAGGUUUUGAUAAUACGUCCGUUUUUUUAAGGUGAAAAAAAUUACGUAAACAGCUUGACCUGAUAAAUUCAAUUAACUAGUAAAUUAUUAAGAGAAAUAAAACUCCGAAACUACU